AUGCAAACCGUGAAUUCUGGGCUGGAUUCAUCGAUCUAUACCAGGCCAAUGAGUGCUUGUGGCGUGUGGGAACAAGGGAUUACGCCAACAGAGGAAAGAAAAAUCUGGCAUACCAGUAAUUGGCCAUGUACAGCCUUGCCCAAGAUAGUGGUGCCGACAUCAAGUGGGUGAAAAGGAAGAUCCAGAAUCUGAGGACAGUAUUUCUUAAGGAGCACAGGAAAUACAAAGAUUCCCAACGUUCAGGAGCGGGGUCAGAUCAAGUCAAGAAGCCAACAUUAUGGUAUUAUGACUUGAUGAAGUUCGUAUUGGAUGAGGAGCCUUCGAGGACAGCGCGGAGCACGGAGGAGCCGAACACGCCCGAGAUGUUCGAGCCUGAGGAAGAGGAGAGUGUGGAUCCGCUGUCUUCGAGGGAGCUGGACGUGGAACCUGCAGUGGAUGAGCCGGCAGACCAAGCCACUGUAAGGCCGGAGCUGGAGGAGAGUGAGGCGGCGAUGGGAACGCCCCAGCUUCCGGCUAGAAAGAGACGCCGGCCAGCUAUCCCUGGAAGAUCUGUCUCGUCCAGCAGGUCAGAUACAAUUCUGAGGCAGGCAGAGGAGGUCCUAAAAAACAGACCGGAUAGAUUUGAAGCUAUUGGAGACCAUUUAGCCUGUGAGUUGCGGGAGAUGAACCCCACUCAGCAAAAAUACGCCCAGCGUCUGGUAUAUGCCAUUAUAUCACAUGGCCAGGAUGAUGAAUUGACCAACCACAGUGGCGUUGUGUUAGAUACCAGACAGGUGCCUAGUACAUCUUAUGCCCCUCCCCCAACUCACCCUCCCAUUUAUUCUGCGCCGGUAAUUCCUCCUCAACAAUACCCCACAUAUCCUGCUCCGGGUUACCAAAUGCCACAAUCCCCCUUCCCUGGCACCUCUUCAGGUGGAGUGUUCACCACUCUGUUGAGUGCACACUCCACUGUUCAAGGCGACCUAAAUUUUUUAUCAAAAUGUUUUUGA